AUGGCGACUGUCAUUCACAACCCCCUGAAAGCGCUUGGGGACCAGUUCUACAAGGAAGCGAUUGAACACUGCCGCAGCUACAACUCGAGGCUGUGUGCGGAGCGCAGUGUGCGUCUCCCCUUCCUUGACUCCCAGACUGGUGUGGCCCAGAACAACUGCUAUAUCUGGAUGGAAAAGAGGCAUCGGGGACCAGGCCUAGCUCCAGGGCAGCUGUACACAUACCCUGCCCGCUGCUGGCGCAAGAAGAGGCGACUGCACCCUCCUGAAGAUCCAAAGCUGAGGCUGCUGGAGAUAAAGCCCGAAGUGGACCUGCCCCUGAAGAAAGAUGGGUUCACAUCAGAAAGCACCACACUGGAAGCCUUGUUACGAGGUGAAGGGAUUGAGAAGAAGGUGGAUGCCAAAGAAGAAGAGAGCAUCCAGGAAAUACAGAGGGUUCUGGAAAAUGAUGAAAAUGUAGAAGAAGUGAAUGAAGAGGAGGAUCUAGAAGAAGAUACUCCCAAACGAAAGAAUAGGACCAGAGGACGGGCCCGUGGUUCUGCAGGUGGCAGGAGGAGGAAUGAUGCUGCCUCUCAGGAAGACCAAGAUAAACCGUACGUCUGUGAUAUCUGUGGCAAGCGUUACAAGAACCGGCCAGGGCUCAGCUAUCAUUAUGCUCACACACACCUAGCCAGUGAAGAAGGGGAUGAAGCCCGGGAGCAAGAGACGCGGUCCCCCCCUGUCCACAGAAAUGAAAACCACAGACCCCAGAAAGGACCAGAUGGGACUGUCAUUCCCAAUAAUUACUGUGACUUCUGCUUGGGAGGUUCAAGCAUGAACAAAAAAAGUGGCCGGCCAGAGGAACUAGUGUCCUGUGCAGACUGUGGACGCUCUGGUCACCCCACCUGCCUGCAGUUCACCCUGAACAUGACUGAGGCUGUCAAAACCUACAAGUGGCAAUGCAUCGAGUGCAAAUCCUGCAUCCUCUGUGGAACCUCUGAGAACGAUGACCAGCUGCUCUUCUGUGAUGACUGUGACCGCGGCUAUCACAUGUAUUGUUUAAAUCCCCCGGUGGCUGAGCCCCCUGAAGGGAGCUGGAGUUGCCACCUGUGCUGGGAAUUGCUCAAAGAGAAAGCAUCAGCCUUUGGCUGUCAGGCCUAGGGGGCUGCCCCCCCCUCCCCUGCCACGGGAUGCAGGAUGUCACUUGCUCCUGUCGAGCACACAAUUUCCAAACUCCGACCAAGCACCUACAUCCCCACACCUAGACAGACCAACACAAAAGAAAACAGUCACAGAGGGACACACAUGGACACUUGAAAACAAGAGGAGGAGGCAUUUAUUUACCUCCCUUGGGUAGGUUCCACG